AUGCUACAAGAAAAAAAAAGUCGUGAAAAGAGGCGCGUCAAAUUGAAACGGCGCGCCGCCCCCGCUAACGAGCCCCCUUCCGAGCGAGGACGCGGCUUUGGUACUGGGUCUGCGCAACCGCACCUCAGAGAUCCUUCAGCAAGGCGACCGCCGCCUGUUCUUCAUCACCGACGAAGCCGUGGCACCCGAGGUGGCCGUCAUGCUCAGCGCUGCAAACGAGGCCGCAGGCAAAAUGAGGGCCGAACGCACGUGGAGCUCGCGCCUGAGUUUCGGCGGACGGUUCGCCCAGUUUUGCGAGGCCUUUCACCUGCCACACGGUCGGACAGCAAUUGCUGCUUUUCUGUUAGCAAGGGGCCUGAAGUCAUCCACGCGCCUUCAGUAUGCCAAGUGGCUCCGGGACACGGUCCUGCGACCAAAGGACCCCCUCGACGCGCUCAUCUUUGGCCUGCGACGGAUGUCAGCAAAGGAAGUUUUCGAGACGAGCGCGGCACGCUUCUCGAACUCACGCGACUGCCUAUGGGUUACGUGGCAAGUCUGGAGGUGAUGCAGCUCCUCAUAAUCAUCGUAUCAUUCUUACUUUUUAUCACUCCAUUCUUUUCGUAA